AUGAGGCGGGUAUUCGGAAAUCGUCACCAGCGGCGUGGGCGUGGGCGUGGGCGUGGGCGUUGGGGGAGCGGGGCCGGCGGCGGCGGUGGGGGCGGGGGCGGCGUCGGAGUCCUCAACUGGGUGACGGAGACGGCCAUCCUGGUGACGGGGGACGACGCGGCGGCCGAGUUCGGCAUCAUCCACCACCAGCACCACCAACACCCGCAGACCUUCCUCCCCCGGAGGAACGCCAGCAGCAGCCACCAGGGGGAUGAGGAGCAGCAGCACUGGAACCGCCUUGGAAUGCUCCUGCUGGUGUCCACGCUGGCCGCCCUGGGCACGCUCGGCAACAUCUUUGCCAUCGCCGCCGUUAUGACGGAGGAGCACUUGAAGAAGAAAGGAAACGUCCUCAUAGUCAAUAUGAUGCUGGCCGGACUGGUGGUGAGCGCGGGCGUCCUGCCGACGUGGGUGGUAGCCCUCCUGGCCGGGUGGGCGUCUCCCACGCCCGUGUGCUGCGCCUCGUGGCUCCUGACCACGCUCGCCGCCCACUGCUCGCUCCUCACCCUCCCGGCCCUCGCGUGGGAGAACUCGGCGCGGGUGGCCGGCAAGAGCAUGGGCGUGGUGCUGCUGACGGCCAUGGUGGGGGCGUCGUGGGUGGUGGCGGGCGCCCUCACCAUCUCCCAGUGGUUGAGCGGCAUCGGGCCCAAGCACUGCAACCACAAGCAUCCGCUGCUACAGCAGCAGCAGCCUCCCCAGUUCCCGCCGCCCACCGCCGUCCACACCGCCUUCACCUCCGCCGUGGGCGUCGUCCUCGUGGCCGCGCCCCUCGUCGUCGCCCUCAGCGUGCACGCCCACACACUCCUGGCAGGGCGGAGUGGCGGCCCCCGCCGACCGCUGCCGGCCACCAUGAAGCCGCCCCAGGCCCUAACCAGAGACCUGGCCCUGACGGGGACGAACCUGGUCGUGACGGCCAUCGUGGGCGGGUGCUGGGCGGCCGGGGUGGCCGGAGACUGGUGGGCCUCCCUGACCUUCCGGAACGGGGUGGCCUGGCUGCCGGUGGCCGCGGCUACGUCCUCCGGCUUCCUCUACGCAGCCCACAAGCCCUUCCGCGAAGCCUACGUCCAGCUGUUCCACUACUGCUGCUGCAAGACGUCCGUCUCCCUCUCCCGCAGGGGCCGCAGCGGCGAGGCGGCUGCGGCAGCUGCCGCUGCCGUGGCUGCGGCGGCUAGGCCGGCUAGCGACGUGAGGGUCCACAUCAUCCCCGGGUACAACAUGUACACGACGGCCUCCACGCGGGAGCACCGCCCGCCAGCGCACACUCACGUCAAGCUGCCCCGGAACUUCAAGGAGUCCAGGAGGCCGAAGCACCACCAUAAGAAGGACGUCUACGAGCUCUAACGAGGCCGGAUGAGGGAAGAAGAGGAGGACACAGAAAGAAACAGAAGGAAAGACCCCCAUUUCAGAUCCCAAUCCAUAUUUUAUGAAGGGUCGUUUUUCUUGGAUGGGUCAGAAUCCCCGACCACAAAAACUACUCAAUUAUCCGGCCCUGUGGAAUAAUGCUGACACUGGAAACUCCAUAUGCCCUGGAAUUAAAAAUGAAAUAUUGGAGGGCUCAUGGUUAUUUUUCUUCAAUAGGUCAAAAUCUCCUCCCCAAAAGCUACUCAAUUACCCGGCCCUGAGGAAUUCUGCAGACACUGGAAACUCCAGAUGCCCUGGAAUUAAAAAUGAAAUUUGGAGGGCUCAGAUUUAUUUUCUUGGACAGGUCAAAAUCCCCUCCCCAAAAUCUAUUAAUUUUCGGGCCUUAGGGAUAAUCCUGAAGACCCUGGAAACUCCAGACGCCUCAGAAUCAGAAUUAGAAAUGGAUUGUGGAGGGCUGAGGCUUUUAAUUUUGGAUAGGUCAACAUCCUCUACCAGAAAUCGCCUCAAUCUUCCAGCCCUGUGGAACCCCGAGGAUGCUGGGAAGUCACUGAAUACUCCACAUGCCUCAAAAUUGAAAAUGAAUAUUGGAGGGCUCAGUAUUAUUUUCUUGGAUAUAUCCAAAAUCUCCUCCCCACACUCCACUCCAUUAUCCGGCCCUCUGGAACCCUGAAGACACUGGGAACUCCAGACGCCUCUGAAUUGAGAAUGAAUUCCAGAUUCCAGUCUGUAAGAUAAAAGUGCAUAUCAGUUUGAAGCCUUCUCUUGUACUAUAAUAGAUAUUAUAAGCCGAAUUUCACUUCCAGUUAAGAUUACAACUCAUUCAACCGAAGAGUGGAAGGACACAUGUUUGACUGAUAUCGGGGAUUAACUGGCGUUACUUAUUAAUCAUGCUGCGAAUGAAGUGUGAAAUGAUCAUACAAAGAUCGGGUCAAAUGUGAAAUAUAAUUAUAAAAGGAAAGUAAGAUUUGUGUGGAUCUAAUCAUGCCAAGCUUGAAAAUGAAGUAAGUGUGGCAAAUAUUGUAACUUAUAAUUUAAUAUGUUACCUUUUCAAGUGUGACGUUGGAAACUACCAAGUAUGCUAGUCUACAAAAUAAGAACAAACCAUUUGAAAUAAAAAUAAUGCUAUUCCCAAGACAGACUUAUCAUUCACGAAUCAAAUCUACAAGAACGGCUUCCCAUUUAUACCUUUUUUUUUUUGGACUGCGCAUGACCUAUAAAAUACAUCUCAUCAAUGCACAAAGCGAAUCAGGAACUAAGUACACACCUAGAGGAACUCCUUACUCGAGACAGUGAGAAAAGAACCAGUAUCUAUAUAGCUAUAUAUGUAAUCACCUUACUUAUAUAUCUUAUCUCAAACCCUAAAGUCGUGACUUGCAGGCGUGAACGAAGUACAAAAUUAUUUUUGUAACUCGUAGUUGCUGUAGACACACAUCAUAGAUCUCGCACGAUGGAAGAAGAGGAAGAAGAAGAGGAGAAGAAGGAGGAGGAGGAGGAACGUGAGAAUGAGUCCUAAUUAUUCCCCUCCCAAAAUCUGUAUAGCCCGUUCUCCCUGGACCAGCCAGAAACAGUAAGACUGUCUCCCUGUGAUCGACAGAGUUUUAAGAUAUAAAAAUUGGAUUCUAUUUUUCGAAAGGGAGAAUCAAUCGUGAUGUCAUGUGCUGUGUGUGUGUGUGUGUGUGUGUGUGUGUGUGUGUGUGUGUGUGUAAGUGUUUGUAAGGCCCUGCUGCUCUCGUCCCAAGGUGAUGAAUCUCAAGAGGGAGAAACGGUUUUCAGAAUUCUACCCUGUGUCCUUGCAAACCAAAAUAGCCAACAAGGCCUUCUGCUACCCUGCAAACUUUUCUUUUAGGGAGAGUUUGAAAAAAUAAAAACAAAGAAAUAACAGAAUUAGUUUCAUCCCAAAAUAUUUUUGCAACUUUUUUGGACAAACAGUAUCCACAUCCCCAAAAGCAACUGCUGCUUGUCAAUAUUAGCGCGUCUGUAUGUGUUUUGUGCGUGUUUGCUUGUGUUUGGUGUGUGUGUGUGUGUGUGUGCUAGAAAAAGUGACAGAACUCGUUCUGUCCAUUUAGUGGAGGAGCAGCAGUGAUUCUUACGUAGUUUAGACCCUGGUAUUCUGUAGGCGACAGAGAUAUCAUAUAAAGGACCAUUUAGCGACCAAACUUCGCCUACAUAAUUACCAGCGAGGACUCAUAUCCCGCGAAAAUAUAAAAAAAAAAAAAAUAAAAAACCUUGAGUAUUUUACUAAGCCAAGAAAAGUUCUAAGUCGGUGAUGUGAAGGCGAUGUAGAAAAUGUGAUGGGAAAAUGUUGUAUUUCUUAUCACAGUGAACAUACACAUUUCACAUUCGUCUCUCCAUAAUGAACACCAAUUUGGCGAAAAGCAUGGAGGCAUAGACCUAAGAAAGUGAAGAAACACCUUUGCGUUUUUCUGUGUGUGAAUAAUCUUGUCAAUGUGAAUGUCUAUCAUGAGUUUUUCUGAGUUUUUUUUCUGUGUAUGCAUAAACUUCUCGUCAAUGUGAAUGUAUAUUAUGAGUUUUUCUAACUUUUUCUGUGUAUGUAUAAUCUCGUCAGUGUAUAUUAUGAGUCUUUCUGAGUUUUUCAGUGUAUUUCUGUGUAUGAAUAAUCUCGUCAACGUGGAUGUUUUUUAUGAGUUUUUCUGAUUUUUAUGAGUUUUCCUGUGUAUGAAUAAUCUUCUCGUCAAUACGAAUGUAAGAGAUUUUCUACGUUUUUCUGUAUAUACAUAAACUUCUCGUCAAAGUGAAUGUAUAUCAUGAGUUUUUCUGAUUUUUUUCUGUGUAUCCAUAAUCUUCUCGUCAAUGUGAAUGGAUUUGAUGAGUUUUUUAGAGUUUUUAAUGAGUUUGUCUGUGCAUAUGAGUUUUCUGCUUAAUUUUUUCAACAAAUAGUACUUUAAUCUUUUCCACAAGUGUUGUCCAAAGACAUCUUUCGCUUUCCGAAAUCAAUAUUAUCUUGAAAAUAAAUAUAUUCAUUUUUUUAAAAUUUAAAAUUUUAAAAUUUUUAAAAAUUUUUAAUUUUGAAAAUAAAUAUGUUUAUUUUUAAAAUUUUAGAAUUUUAAAAAUAAAUAUAUUCAUAUUUAAACUUACUGUUUUUAUGUUUUUAAUUUCAUAGACCAGUUAGUUAGUUGACGGCGUCAAGAUGUGUGAACUCACUUAUUCAGUUGCUUUAAAAUAUUACUGAUUUAUGAGGUUCGAAAGACUGACUUUCUCAUAUUAUUUGGGUCAAUUUCUAAUACAUUCCUGAUUCACAUUGGGAUCGAACCCCUGUCCGUUUAACACUGAAAGGCAGGGGUGCUACCAACUGAGCCACACAAGUGUGUGUUGGUUACUUUUUACACCUUUUUCUAUAGUGUAAAGUCCAGUCAUUUUUCAUCAGUAAAUAACAUCUCCUUAAUGAGUCCUUCCUAAGAAUUACUAGCAUUUUUUUCCUAUAAAAAAAAUAAUUUUGUUUAUUUUUGCUAAAAUUCCUUUUUUCCUAAAGAAAGAGCAUUUUUUCCCCCAAGAAAAAUACUUUUUUCCUCAAGAAAAAUCUUUUUUCAUAAAGGAAAAUCCUUUUUUUUCAAGAAAAAUCCCUUUUUCCUUAAUAAAAACCUUUUUUCCUAAGGAAGAAUCUUCUUUCCCCAUGAAAAAUCCUUCUUUUCCUAAAGGGAAAUCCUUUUUAGCUACAAAAAAGUUCUUUUUCCUAAAGACAAAUCCUUUAUUCCUAAAGAAAAACCCCUAUUCCUAAGGAGGAAUCCUUUUUUCCAAAAGAAAGCUCAUUUUUUCUUACAGAAAACCCUUUUUUUCCUAUAUAAAAAUUCUAUUACCUAAAGAAAAAACCUUUUUUCCUAAGGAAACAUUCCUUUUCCUAAAGAAACAUUCAUUUUCUAAAGAAAAAUCCUUUUUAUCCUAAAGAAAAAUCCUUUUUUCUAAAGAAAAAUCCUUUUUUCUAAAGAAAAAUCUUUUUCCCAAAAUAAAACUCCUUUUUUCCCUUUUUUAUAAUCCUUAU